UACCUAGUGUACCUAGUGUUCACUGAGCCAGUUUUUGGCUUUUUGCAAAUUUACUAUAAUAUCUAUUAUCUACCAGUAUUUUUGUUCCAGUCAUUACAAAAUUAAUUUUUUUUGUAUAAUUUAUAAAUUAAAUUAAAUAGUUGCACCCUCAGCUAAACAACAUUUCUACUGGCUUCAUUUUAUUCAAACGUUAAAAGUUGUACCAUGUGGCUCGUAGUUAAUUUUAUAUUGGACGACACGGUGGAAGUGGUUCCUCAAAAAUGGUUAAAUAUUAAAAAAGGUAUUUGUGGAUGGCCAAAAUUUACUAAAAAAAUAGAUGUCGAAAGAGCAGUAAGAAAUAAGACAAAAGCAAAUAAAAAGGAAUUUAACUUUUUUGAGGCUCGUGCUAUGUCCAGUCUAAUUGACAGUUAUACAAAAGCUAUAAAAAAAUGUAACAUAGCAAAAUUAAGAUCUGACCUUUCAUCGUGCGCUGAAGAAACUAAAUUUAAAAAGAAAAAAAGAAAUCAACGAAAAGCAUCAGUUUUGAGUUCAAAUUCUGAUGGAGAAAUGUCCGAUACAUCACUUAAAUCUGAUAGUUUACCAUUAUGUUCAACAGAUGAUGAACUUGAAAUUAGAAAAUCUAUUCAAGGAUCUUCUAAGGGCAGUAAAUAUGAAGAUAUUAUGACUGAGAAAAAUCUCUCAAUUUAUAAAAAACCGAAUAAUGGAUGGUCCCCCUUAAAAAGUUCUGCUGACUCUUCAUUUGUAACACCUACAACUGUUCAUAGUUUAAUAAAUGAUGACAUUAUACUAAAUACUACUAGCUCUAAAACAAAUUCAUGUGAAAUAAUAGACAGCAUUUGUCAUGCACCUGAUAAAACUCCUGAGACUAGAACAAUAACGACAUUAUCUUCUCAAAAUAGUAUUCAUAAAGACCACUCACCUAAUUUAUCAGCUGGAGCCAACAGAAGAUUAAUAUUUUCGGAUUUGGAUAGUUCUCAAACUAUUGUUAUGAAUAAGAGCCCAAUUAUGUCUUCAAAACCUUCAUUUGCUGAAAAUAAAUCCUUGCCUAAAACAUUGAGUGAUGAUUCAACUACUUCAAAUUCAAAAAAAUUUAAACAUGAUGAUAAUGAUGCUUUCAAGAAAUCAGUUCUCCAUCAAUUGUUAACAAUUAAAUUUGAAAUACGUUCUAUGGAUGAAAAACUAAAUUUUAUAUUAAAAUUAGUUGACGAUGACAAAAAAAAUUCUUCCGCAAGUGAAAAAAAUGCAGAUUUAACCAAUUUUGAUGUUGAUUUCCCAAUCAAAUCAUUUGAUGAGUUGGAUGAUAUUGAAAAUAAAAUAUCAAACGACAACACAUAUCGUUUGCAUUUGGUUCAAUAUAUUUCUUCUGUGGGAGGACUGACAGUUAAAAUAAUGGUCAAACGUAUAAUGGCCUUAUUAUUCAUUCCAGAUUUGCUUACUAAAUUUUCCUACAAUGGUCGCUGUAAUAAAAAAAGAAGUUUUCAUGCAUUAGUGAUAACAAAAAUUAUUUUUGAAUCUGUGCUCAAGAUAAAAAAGUUUUCUGCUUCAGACACUUCCAGAAAUGAAAUUGAGCAAGUGCUUAAAUAUAUUUUAAUACAAACUCCCUUCAAAUUAAAAAAACAAGAUCCAAACAAGGAAAGCCCUGCAGAUAAUCAGAUGAUUGAUAAAAAUUAAAUUUUUAAAUUGUAU